UUAAAUGAUGUUUUAGGUACACAUGUGUUGGCCGUGUAAAUAUUCAAAAUAUUCGAUGGAAUGUUUUAUCACGAAAUAGCACACAUUAGCAAACAUAUUGUUGGUAUAAUCUCUACGUAUAGAUUAGAUACGUAACGUGCCCGCCGAAUAGACAGUUGAGUGUUAACCAUACGGUUGAUAUGCUCUUACAGUAGCGUGAGUCUUUUAAAAAUAACUCUGUAGGAGAGAAAGACGUAGUAGACUGAAUUGAACGACCGACUGUCAUGGUGCGUUCGGUAUACAAUUCACAUCGGCUGUUUAUCCUUUUUCAUUGCCAAAAGAAUAAAGAUUUUUGUUUAUGAAAGUGUACACAGAAGUGAAUAGGGAAAUUUUGUGGUCAUUUAGAUUGAUCAAAAAAUAUUAUUUUGUCGAUCGAUUCGCAACGAUAAUAGUAUGUACACAAUAAACAAGUGUCCCAGCAAGUUGGUGGCCAAAUCGAGAGGUGGAAUAUCGCAAAACUUUGAAAAAAUCGAAACGAUUCGCGAAAUAAGUAGAAAGUGUUCGGAGAACUGUGAUAAUGAAAUAAACGUUCCAAGACCAGUUUUCCAGCAGCCGCGCAAAGCAUACCAUCACCACACCAAAGAACAAAAAUUAGACAGUGAAACAUCCAGUCCGCAGCACCAAGAACUGGUCGAGUACAUUCGAGAUUCAUGGAACAUAAUAUCUGCAUCGAAUCAACCGACCAACACAUACGAGCAAUCAGAUGAUGCAAUACAGUCGGUACCUGCAAAACGCAUUGUUUAUCAUGACGCGCCCCCAAGUCCGGUGUUGAAAGAUUUUGGUGCUUUUGAUUUGGAAUCUUGGUGGGGUCGAAGAUUAUUCAACAACAUUACGAAAAGUCUGUGAAUUGAACGAAUUUGUUUGAAUGAUAUUGCUGUAUGAUACUCUUCGAAACGUGCAGAAUAUUCUUUAGCUGGAGUGCUGAUUAAAAUUUGUACAAAUUGUAGUGCCCUAAAAUUACCGUGUAGUUUUUUCUCAAGAAAAGAAUUUGGAUAAUUUUUAAUAAAAAAAAAAUCGAAAUCAUUACAUAA